UCCAUAAUGAAUGGCACACUAUUGUCACAUAUGAAUGAUGUGAUCGGCAAUACAUCGACAACUGACUGUCAAUUAAACAUGUCUUUACAAAACAUGUCAUCCAAUAACUAUAAUCCAUUACAGACUUCCAACUCAUCGUCACUGUAUGGCAUCAACUGUAGUGAACCUCCAUAUGAAAUGCCGCCAUCGGUUGGUUAUCCGGUAUUAGUGCUUGAAUUCGCAAAAAUAUUAUACGGCAUUGUAUUUCUUGUCGGUCUAUUUGGCAAUACUUUGGUCAUAUAUGUUGUCUGCCGUUUCUCAAAGAUGCAGACCGUCACCAAUAUGUAUAUUUUCAAUUUAGCCGUUGCCGAUGAAAUGUUUCUCGUAGGCCUACCUUUCCUCAUAACAACUGUUAUUUACAAAUAUUGGUCAUUUGGACGAAUUAUGUGCAAAAUAUAUAUGACUACUACUUCUAUAAAUCAAUUUACAAGUAGUUUACUGCUAACAGUAAUGAGUGCCGACCGAUAUGUAGCCGUUUGCCAUCCCAUCUCAUCUCCGCGAUAUCGGACGCCAUUUAUUGCUAAAUUUAUUUGUCUUACCGUUUGGACUGUAUCAGCAUUACUAAUGGUGCCGAUCUUCAUGUACGCCAACACAUUAGAACUUCCGACAACAAUAUCUUGUAAUAUCUUUUGGCCCGAAAGUGAUCUCAUGAAUGGCGAGAAGGCGUUCACAUUAUAUACGUUUACUUUGGGAUUCUUCAUACCAUUCGUUUUAAUUCUUCUUUUUUAUUUUCUGGUGAUUUGCAAACUAAGAAAAGUCGGACCAAAAAAUAGAUCCAAAGAGAAGAAGCGAUCACACCGUAAGGUCACAUACCUUGUACUCACCGUUAUAUCGGUUUACGUCAUGUGUUGGUUGCCUUAUUGGAUCGGACAGGUCUACAUCACUUUCCUGCCUCCGGCACCCAAUCAUCGUCACUCUGAAGCCAGUCUAACAUUCAUACUAUUGGCCGGUUGUCUUUCAUACGCCAAUUCAGCUGUGAAUCCUAUUCUUUACGCAUUUUUAUCUGAAAAUUUCAAGAAAUCUUUUGGAAGGGCUUUCACUUGUGUUAGCGUUAAGGAAGUGAACGCACAGUUGAAUGUUGAGAACUCGGUGUUCCCGAAGUCGACCCGCGGCUCGACUAAGACAACUGCUCGCAAAUCUAAGAAUAUUGACGACAACGGAGAGACUCAAGGAUUCAGUAAUUUUGUAUUACAUGAGAGUAAUAUAGAGCACCAAAAUGACAUCGACCUGUCCACUGCUUUUACUAUGACCUCCCGAUCCCAAUGCAUGCCUUCACAAGAAAAGGAUAGCCUUUUCAAUAAUGGAUAUACAGAAGCAUCCAUUAGUACACAUAAUGUUUAA